UGGGAUAUCUGCUGGAAAAACUGAUUGCAUUGCAGUGUGACUGCACAAAAAUAAGACUGGACAGUUGAUCCUGUGAGCGAUGGAUGAAGAUCUGAAAAAGCCGAACACUCACAAUGGGAGCGUCUCGGGUGCAUUGGAAGCCAAAACGCAUGAUCAGCCAAAAGCAGCAGUUCUGCAGAAGAAUGUGGGUCUCGUAAGUGGCAUCUGUCUGAUAGUGGGAACAAUGAUCGGCUCAGGGAUCUUCAUUUCUCCCAAAGCGGUUCUGGAGGGGACUGGAGCAGUGGGUCCAUGUCUGUGUGUGUGGGCGGUGUGUGGUGUGCUGGCUACGCUUGGGGCCCUCUGCUAUGCUGAACUAGGCACAAUGAUCAUGAAGUCUGGUGGAGAGUAUCCGUACCUGAUGGAGGGUUUUGGGCCAGUGCUGGCAUACCUAUAUUCCUGGAGCACGAUCAUCGUGUUAAAGCCUUCGUCAUUUGCCAUCAUCGCCCUGAGUUGUGCCGAAUAUGCCUCCACACCGUUUUACCCAGGAUGCACUCCUCCUCAAGUGGUCACCAAGUGCCUGGCUGCAGCUUGUAUCUUAAUAAUUACAGUCGUCAACUGUCUGAGUGUGAAGCUGGCGUACAGAGUGCAGAACUUUUUCACAGCAGCCAAACUCUUGAUUAUUGUCAUCAUCGUGGUUUCAGGCAUCGUUCUGCUGGCUCAAGGCAAUACACAGAAUCUUAGAGACCCAUUUGCAGGGGCAACAACAUCAUUUGGAGCAAUUGGCCUUGCGUUUUACAAUGGACUAUGGGCUUAUGAUGGAUGGAAUCAGCUUAACUUCAUAACAGAAGAGCUGAAAAAUCCAUACAGAGACCUUCCCCUGGCAAUAAUGAUUGGGAUUCCCCUGGUAACUGUGUGCUAUAUAUUUGUGAACAUUGCAUAUCUCAGUGUCUUGACCCCUAUUGAACUUCUACAGUCUCCUGCCGUUGCUGUGACCUUUGGUGACAGAGUGCUGUACCCAUUAUCAUGGAUUGUGCCUUUAUUUGUGGUCUUUUCUACUUUUGGUGCAGCCAAUGGGAGCUGUUUCACCGCAGGCAGGCUGACAUAUGUGGCAGGACGGGAGGGACACAUGGUUAGGAUCAUGUCGUACAUCAGUGUGAAACGUUACACACCUUCUCCAGCUCUAAUAUUUAAUGGCUUGCUGUCAAUCAUCUACGUCAUGCCAGCAGACAUAAACACUCUCAUUAAUUACUUCAGUUUUGCUCAGUGGGUUUUCUAUGGGCUCACAUGUCUUGCGCUCAUUGUUAUGCGAUUCACUAGGAAGGAGCUUCAGAGACCUGUCAAGGUGCCGAUAGUCAUCCCUGUUUUGGUGGUGAUUGUGUCCUGUUAUCUGGUUCUUGCUCCCAUCAUAGACAAGCCUGAGUGGGAGUACCUGUACUGCACAGUGUUCAUAAUCGGUGGUCUUCUCUUAUAUGUACCCUUCAUUUACUACAAAUUCAACUGGACUCGCUGCAUCAUGAGGCCACUCACCAUGCACCUUCAGCUGCUACUGGAAGUUGUUCCACCUGAAAAGACUGAGUGACAGAUAUCACACUGGAGGAGGACAGACACAGAUGUAAUAAUAACCAGCAACGGACAACAGACUGAUUCAUGGAAAUGUGGAUAAAGGAUUC